AUGUGGUUGAUCCUUGCACUACUGAAUGCUUUUGUCUUGGCCACGGCCGCGGCGUACCCAUACACCGUCUACCGCGGUACAUUCAUUCAUCUCCCCAAGCUCAAUUCAACCUCGGCGAAGCCAGAACUCGUUCGAAACCAGGGUGCUCUUUGGGUUUCGUCCAAGGAUGGCCGCAUCAAAGGAUACGAUUGGCACGUCCGCGAUGAUGCCAGCUUCCAGUCGUUCCUGUCGAGACACGGCUGGCAAGACGCUGAUAGCACAGCCCAUGGCAAUGCCAAGUCGUCCACCAAGGUCAAAGUUGUAAAUUCCAACGAUGACCGAAACGAGUUCUUCUUCCCCGGAUUCAUCGACACCCACAUCCACGCGCCGCAGUUCCCUAACCUGGGACUGUUCGGGUCUGCCGGCCUCCUGACCUGGCUGAAUGAUUAUACAUACCCGGUCGAGGCCAGCUUCGGGUCCAAGUCCGACCCCGACAACCACAACACGGAUCCGAAUGCCGCACCCCCCGAAGGCCUGCGUGUGUACGACGAAGUCGUCGCUCGUACGCUCGCCCACGGCACCACAUGUGCAUCAUACUUCGCCACUAUCCACGUCCCGGCAACCAACGCCCUAGCAGCAUUAGCCCAUUUGCACGGCCAGCGCGCCUUCAUCGGCCGCGUCUGCAUGGACAACCGCGAUCAAUGCCCACCGUACUACGUUGACCAAUCCGCCGACGAGGGCAUCAACGCAACAAAGUCGACAAUCGAGUACAUCCGCAGUCUAGACCCGAACGGCACCCUGAUCAACCCCAUCGUGACCCCCCGCUUCGGCCCCAGCUGCUCGAACCACUCCCUCGACAGCCUCGGCAAGCUAGCCGCAUCGUACACCCCGCCUCUCCACAUCCAAACGCACAUUGCCGAAACCACCGACGAGAUCGCGCUCGUGCACAAGCUGUUCCCGGAGGUUGCGAGCUACGCGGACCUCUACGACCAGGCGCAUCUGCUCACCCCGCGGACGAUCCUCGCGCACGGGGUACAUCUUACUAGCGACGAGCGAGCGCUCAUCCGCAAGCGUGGCGCCGGCAUCGCGCACUGUCCGUCGUCUAACUCUGCCCUGGGCUCGGGGCUUGCCCCCGUCCGUGUUAUGCUCGACGAAGGCCUGACGGUGGGUCUGGGCACGGAUGUGAGCGGUGGGUACAGUCCCAGCAUGCUGGAAGUGGCCCGGCAGGCCUGUCUCGUCUCCCGGUUGUUGGGGUAUAGCAGCGAGUUCCAGGAGAUGACGGGUAACAAGAUCUCCACCGGGCAUGAGAAACUGUCUGUGGAGGAUAGUUUGUACCUGGCUACGCGCGGUGGGGCAGCAGUCGUCGACAUGGCGGACGAUAUUGGUGGGUUUGAUAAGGGGAUGAUCUGGGAUGCGCAGCUGGUUGAGCUGGGUGCUGUCAGGAACAAUACGGUCAGUCCACUUGAUAUGGCUGUCGCUGAUCGCGGUCGUCUUCAGUCUGGUCCUGUGGGAAAUGUUGAUCUGUUUGGAAACGAGACCUGGCAGGAACAGGUUCAGAAGUGGAUGUGGAGUGGUGAUGAUCGGAAUGUGAAGAGCGUCUGGGUUCAGGGGAAGCUGGUGCAUACCAGGAGUAUAUGA